CCGAGUUUGCGGGAGAUGGACUCCCAUUUAACCGCACCGAACCGCUCUCGCGGCUCCCAGACUUCCUCCCCGUCUCACUCUGCCUCCGCCUCUGCUACUUCCUCCCUCCACAAGCGUAAACUCGUUGCUGCUGCGUCCGAAGACCACGCGCCUCCUUCCUCGUUCCCUCCGUCGUCCUUCUCCGCCGACACUCGAGACGGCGCUUUGACCUCCAAUGACGACCUCGAGAGCAUCUCCGCACGCGGUGCUGACUCUGAUUCUGAUGCUGACGACUCAGAGAACGUCGCCGUGGACAACCAUGAGGACUUAUUCGACCAAAACAAUGAUUCCUCCAUCCGAACUUUCUCUCGCCUAGGGUCUGGAGGUGGAGGCUCCGGUUCGGUUCGGAACACGAAUUUCAUGAACGAAAAUACCACGUUUAAGAUUGAAAAUGCAGAUGGAGUAAAAGACGGGGGAGCACCAGGGUCAGGGUCAGUUGGGCCCACUGGAGCUACCGCAGCAGUUGGGAGCACAAUGGCUGGGACUUCGACGAAGGAAGACGUUAAGAUAUUUACUGAGAAUAUGCAGACUAGUGGAGCUUAUAGUGCUAGACAAGAGAACUUGAAAAGAGAGGAAGAAGCGGGAAGACUCAAGUUUGUUUUCUAUUCAAACGAUGGUGUUGAUGAGCAUAUGGUUUGGUUGAUUGGAUUGAAGAAUAUAUUUGGAAGACAACUACCCAAUAUGCCUAAAGAGUACAUUGUUCGCCUUGUUAUGGACAGAAGCCAUAAGUCUGUGAUGAUUAUCAGGCGGAAUCAGGUUGUUGGUGGCAUCACAUAUCGCCCAUAUGUCAGCCAAAAGUUUGGGGAAAUAGCUUUUUGUGCAAUCACAGCAAAUGAACAAGACAAAGGUUAUGGCACCAGACUGAUGAAUCAUUUAAAACAGCACGCUCGUGACAUUGAUGGACUAACUCAUUUUCUAACAUAUGCUGACAAUAAUGCUGUUGGUUAUUUUGUCAAACAGGGCUUUACCAAAGAGAUUCACUUGGAGAGGGAUCGAUGGCAAGGGUAUAUUAAAGACUAUGAUGGAGGUGUCCUCAUGGAAUGUAAAAUCGACCCCAAGCUUCCAUAUACCGAUUUAUCAACCAUGAUUCAUCGUCAGCGGCAGGCAAUUGAUGAAAAGAUUAGGGAGCUCUCGAACUGUCAAAUUGUUUAUCCAGGAAUUGAUUUUCUGAAGAAAGAAGCUGGUAUUCCUAAAAGAGUUGUCAAAGUUGAGGAUAUUCCUGGUUUGAAGGAAGCCGGAUGGACUCCUGAUCAAUGGGGUCAUACACGAUUUAGAUCCUUAAUUGUGUCUGCAGACAACACCACAAAUCAGAAACACUUAACUGGUUUCAUGCGCUCACUUCUGAAGUCAAUGCACGACCAUGCCGAUGCCUGGCCAUUCAAAGAGCCAGUUGAUGCUCGUGAUGUACCUGAUUAUUAUGACAUCAUCAGAGAUCCCAUGGAUCUGAAGACUAUGUCAAAAAGAGUUGAUUCGGAGCAAUACUAUGUAACACUUGAGAUGUUUGUGGCUGAUGCCAAGAGGAUGUUUGCUAAUGCACGCACGUAUAAUUCUCCCGAUACUAUUUACUAUAAAUGCGCAACCAGGCAUGAUCACUUCCUUGUUGCUUGUGUGUGUGUUUGCUGCUUUCAUCAUUAUUAUCAAUGUUCAACGGGUUGGAAACACAUUUCCAGAGCAAAGUUCAAUCAGGUCUCCAAUCUAACACUAAAAUUCAGUAAAGGGGGACUCAAAUGCAUAUACAUGCUCUGGUCUUAUGUAACAUUAGUGUUUAUAUGCUUAUCUAUAAUGUUUUUUUGGGGGAAUUCCAACAUGUUCCCCUUGUAAUGUUAUGUAUGAAUG